GUUGACUUACCGAAAAAACUCAAUCGUCAAAUGGCGCCGUUGCCGGGGAGUGGCACGGUUUUAGUUUAAUUUUUUAAUUAGCUUGGGUGAAGACCGGUUAGGUCGAUCUUCUCACCUCUUUUUCACAAGCCACCCGUAGUAAUCAUUAAAAAUGAAUUUUCGAGAUGAUUACUACGAUCCACCUCCUUUCUACCAACCACCCAACCAUCCACCAUCAUUUUCCCAACAGUCCAAUUCCUAUCCACCAUCACCACCACCAUAUUAUCCACAUCAAGAUUCAUAUUAUGAUGACUACUCAGUCAAUAAUGGACCUGAUUAUUAUCCAUACCAUGAGGAACCACCAUAUGAUACCCCGUCUCAGAGCUUUGGAUAUUCUCCAUACCAAGACAACUGUGGGGAUUAUUAUGAAUCUCAUGGUGAUCAAGAUGAUUAUGACGAACAAGGGCCAAUGUACGAUGACCAGCUAGAUCCACUUAUUGAAGAGAUUUUGUGGACUGAGAAAAGAAUACUUUAUCUUGACCUAGCAUUAGUAAUGGAGUGUUCAUUAUUUGAACCACGCUAUUGCCGUGAUUACUCUCUGACUCGUGAAGAGCAAAUCGAAGCAAACAGAGAUGCAAUCCAGGCGAGAGAACGAUUUCUCAAAACAGUCCAAGAAGAACGCCAACUGCUCCAAACCCAGAAAGAUAACGAACAACGCGAAUAUUGGGAGAAUAUGCAAAAGAUGCUGGAGGAUUUUAAGAAGGCUAUGGAACAACAAGAAGAGAUGGAGGAAAUUGUUGUUCUAGAAGAGGAUGAAGAAUCUGAGACAAAAUCUGAAACUGAAUCCAACAAUGUCUCAAUUCUUGAAUACCCACAAACUCCAUCACCACUGUAUAUCAAAAACAAGAUAACACUUGCAGAAAUGAUUGCACGAGGUACAGUGGUGAUGCUUCCUGAAAGCCCACGAAGUUUAAUCGUACAAGAUGUGAAGCCUACCGAGGGUCCUGUCUCGGAACCGCCUUCACCAGCUGCACCAGAAACGUUGGAGGAACCUGUCCUCCUAACAUGUGUUGAAGACACUUCUCCAGAGGAACCUGUUCUGGAGAAAUCUGAGCCCACCACCAACCCCCUUUAUACUGAUGAGUCUGAACAACCUAUAGACGAGGAACUACCCUGUGAUGCUGAGUCCAUUCCGUCUAUAUGAGUUCUUAAUAUUGAAGUCUCACCGGAGGAUCCAGACGAAGCCUUCUUUGACUCCCUACUUGACGGGUACAACCAUUCUUACCCGAAGGAAAGUUAUAGUCAAAUAAGCUCGGACGAACUUUUGACGAGCGACACUGAAGACUCAGGGGAAGGCGAUGCCGUAAUCAUCGAACCACAAAUAGAAAGUCAGCCCAUUGGGGACU